UCGACUCUCACUCGGACCACUACUCUGCACACAACUUCCCCAACUCUCACCACAGCUACACCCACCUCCACUCUGCUAACAACAUCCCAUGCGACCAGUACCAGCACGUCAACUCUUCAGCCACAAACAUCAGGGACAGCAACUGAAACGACCACUGCAAUCACUUCCAGUUCAGUUGAAACAUCCACUGCUGCCCCUGCUCCCAGCCAUCCAUCAACCACGGCUCCAGCCCUCGAGCAAUUCACCAUCAACUUCACCAUCACCAAUCUCCCCUACAAUUCCGACCUGGCGACUCCUGGCUCGGCAAAGUUCAACACUACGCGGAGAGUCAUGGCCACCUUGCUCGACCGCCUUCUGAAGGAAAGCAGCAUUGGCCCCGCUUUCCUUGGAUGUGAAACGACAGCCUUCAGGCCAGUGAGGCAAGGGGACCACACGGGGGUGGACGCCAUCUGCACCUACAGGAAGGAGCUCUCCACCCCACCCUUGGACAGGGUGCGCCUUUACCACGAAGUGAGCAACAAGACCAGAGGCAUCACGCGGCUGGGCCCCUACAGCCUGGACAAGGACAGCCUCUACGUCAACGGUUACAACGAACAGCCAGUCCUGCCCACUCCCAGCCAUCCAUCAACCACGGCUCCAGCCCUCGAGCAAUUCACCAUCAACUUCACCAUCACCAAUCUCCCCUACAAUUCCGACCUGGCGACUCCUGGCUCGGCAAAGUUCAACACUACGCGGAGAGUCAUGGCCACCUUGCUCGACCGCCUUCUGAAGGAAAGCAGCAUUGGCCCCGCUUUCCUUGGAUGUGAAACGACAGCCUUCAGGCCAGUGAGGCAAGGGGACCACACGGGGGUGGACGCCAUCUGCACCUACAGGAAGGAGCUCUCCACCCCACCCUUGGACAGGGUGCGCCUUUACCACGAAGUGAGCAACAAGACCAGAGGCAUCACGCGGCUGGGCCCCUACAGCCUGGACAAGGACAGCCUCUACGUCAACGGUUACAACGAACAGCCAGUCCUGCCCACUCCCAGCCAUCCAUCAACCACGGCUCCAGCCCUCGAGCAAUUCACCAUCAACUUCACCAUCACCAAUCUCCCCUACAAUUCCGACCUGGCGACUCCUGGCUCGGCAAAGUUCAACACUACGCGGAGAGUCAUGGCCACCUUGCUCGACCGCCUUCUGAAGGAAAGCAGCAUUGGCCCCGCUUUCCUUGGAUGUGAAACGACAGCCUUCAGGCCAGUGAGGCAAGGGGACCACACGGGGGUGGACGCCAUCUGCACCUACAGGAAGGAGCUCUCCACCCCACCCUUGGACAGGGUGCGCCUUUACCACGAAGUGAGCAACAAGACCAGAGGCAUCACGCGGCUGGGCCCCUACAGCCUGGACAAGGACAGCCUCUACGUCAACGGUUACAACGAACAGCCAGUCCUGCCCACUCCCAGCCAUCCAUCAACCACGGCUCCAGCCCUCGAGCAAUUCACCAUCAACUUCACCAUCACCAAUCUCCCCUACAAUUCCGACCUGGCGACUCCUGGCUCGGCAAAGUUCAACACUACGCGGAGAGUCAUGGCCACCUUGCUCGACCGCCUUCUGAAGGAAAGCAGCAUUGGCCCCGCUUUCCUUGGAUGUGAAACGACAGCCUUCAGGCCAGUGAGGCAAGGGGACCACACGGGGGUGGACGCCAUCUGCACCUACAGGAAGGAGCUCUCCACCCCACCCUUGGACAGGGUGCGCCUUUACCACGAAGUGAGCAACAAGACCAGAGGCAUCACGCGGCUGGGCCCCUACAGCCUGGACAAGGACAGCCUCUACGUCAACGGUUACAACGAACAGCCAGUCCUGCCCACUCCCAGCCAUCCAUCAACCACGGCUCCAGACCUCGAGCAAUUCACCAUCAACUUCACCAUCACCAAUCUCCCCUACAAUUCCGACCUGGCGACUCCUGGCUCGGCAAAGUUCAACACUACGCGGAGAGUCAUGGCCACCUUGCUCGACCGCCUUCUGAAGGAAAGCAGCAUUGGCCCCGCUUUCCUUGGAUGUGAAACGACAGCCUUCAGGCCAGUGAGGCAAGGGGACCACACGGGGGUGGACGCCAUCUGCACCUACAGGAAGGAGCUCUCCACCCCACCCUUGGACAGGGUGCGCCUUUACCACGAAGUGAGCAACAAGACCAGAGGCAUCACGCGGCUGGGCCCCUACAGCCUGGACAAGGACAGCCUCUACGUCAACGGUUACAACGAACAGCCAGUCCUGCCCACUCCCAGCCAUCCAUCAACCACGGCUCCAGCCCUCGAGCAAUUCACCAUCAACUUCACCAUCACCAAUCUCCCCUACAAUUCCGACCUGGCGACUCCUGGCUCGGCAAAGUUCAACACUACGCGGAGAGUCAUGGCCACCUUGCUCGACCGCCUUCUGAAGGAAAGCGGCAUUGGCCCCGCUUUCCUUGGAUGUGAAACGACAGCCUUCAGGCCAGUGAGGCAAGGGGACCACACGGGGGUGGACGCCAUCUGCACCUACAGGAAGGAGCUCUCCACCCCACCCUUGGACAGGGUGCGCCUUUACCACGAAGUGAGCAACAAGACCAGAGGCAUCACGCGGCUGGGCCCCUACAGCCUGGACAAGGACAGCCUCUACGUCAACGGUUACAACGAACAGCCAGUCCUGCCCACUCCCAGCCAUCCAUCAACCACGGCUCCAGCCCUCGAGCAAUUCACCAUCAACUUCACCAUCACCAAUCUCCCCUACAAUUCCGACCUGGCGACUCCUGGCUCGGCAAAGUUCAACACUACGCGGAGAGUCAUGGCCACCUUGCUCGACCGCCUUCUGAAGGAAAGCAGCAUUGGCCCCGCUUUCCUUGGAUGUGAAACGACAGCCUUCAGGCCAGUGAGGCAAGGGGACCACACGGGGGUGGACGCCAUCUGCACCUACAGGAAGGAGCUCUCCACCCCACCCUUGGACAGGGUGCGCCUUUACCACGAAGUGAGCAACAAGACCAGAGGCAUCACGCGGCUGGGCCCCUACAGCCUGGACAAGGACAGCCUCUACGUCAACGGUUACAACGAACAGCCAGUCCUGCCCACUCCCAGCCAUCCAUCAACCACGGCUCCAGCCCUCGAGCAAUUCACCAUCAACUUCACCAUCACCAAUCUCCCCUACAAUUCCGACCUGGCGACUCCUGGCUCGGCAAAGUUCAACACUACGCGGAGAGUCAUGGCCACCUUGCUCGACCGCCUUCUGAAGGAAAGCAGCAUUGGCCCCGCUUUCCUUGGAUGUGAAACGACAGCCUUCAGGCCAGUGAGGCAAGGGGACCACACGGGGGUGGACGCCAUCUGCACCUACAGGAAGGAGCUCUCCACCCCACCCUUGGACAGGGUGCGCCUUUACCACGAAGUGAGCAACAAGACCAGAGGCAUCACGCGGCUGGGCCCCUACAGCCUGGACAAGGACAGCCUCUACGUCAACGGUUACAACGAACAGCCAGUCCUGCCCACUCCCAGCCAUCCAUCAACCACGGCUCCAGCCCUCGAGCAAUUCACCAUCAACUUCACCAUCACCAGUCUCCCCUACAAUUCCGACCUGGCGACUCCUGGCUCGGCAAAGUUCAACACUACGCGGAGAGUCAUGGCCACCUUGCUCGACCGCCUUCUGAAGGAAAGCAGCAUUGGCCCCGCUUUCCUUGGAUGUGAAACGACAGCCUUCAGGCCAGUGAGGCAAGGGGACCACACGGGGGUGGACGCCAUCUGCACCUACAGGAAGGAGCUCUCCACCCCACCCUUGGACAGGGUGCGCCUUUACCACGAAGUGAGCAACAAGACCAGAGGCAUCACGCGGCUGGGCCCCUACAGCCUGGACAAGGACAGCCUCUACGUCAACGGUUACAACGAACAGCCAGUCCUGCCCACUCCCAGCCAUCCAUCAACCACGGCUCCAGCCCUCGAGCAAUUCACCAUCAACUUCACCAUCACCAAUCUCCCCUACAAUUCCGACCUGGCGACUCCUGGCUCGGCAAAGUUCAACACUACGCGGAGAGUCAUGGCCACCUUGCUCGACCGCCUUCUGAAGGAAAGCAGCAUUGGCCCCGCUUUCCUUGGAUGUGAAACGACAGCCUUCAGGCCAGUGAGGCAAGGGGACCACACGGGGGUGGACGCCAUCUGCACCUACAGGAAGGAGCUCUCCACCCCACCCUUGGACAGGGUGCGCCUUUACCACGAAGUGAGCAACAAGACCAGAGGCAUCACGCGGCUGGGCCCCUACAGCCUGGACAAGGACAGCCUCUACGUCAACGGUUACAACGAACAGCCAGUCCUGCCCACUCCCAGCCAUCCAUCAACCACAGCUCCAGCCCUCGAGCAAUUCACCAUCAACUUCACCAUCACCAAUCUCCCCUACAAUUCCGACCUGGCGACUCCUGGCUCGGCAAAGUUCAACACUACGCGGAGAGUCAUGGCCACCUUGCUCGACCGCCUUCUGAAGGAAAGCAGCAUUGGCCCCGCUUUCCUUGGAUGUGAAACGACAGCCUUCAGGCCAGUGAGGCAAGGGGACCACACGGGGGUGGACGCCAUCUGCACCUACAGGAAGGAGCUCUCCACCCCACCCUUGGACAGGGUGCGCCUUUACCACGAAGUGAGCAACAAGACCAGAGGCAUCACGCAGCUGGGCCCCUACAGCCUGGACAAGGACAGCCUCUACGUCAACGGUUACAACGAACAGCCAGUCCUGCCCACUCCCAGCCAUCCAUCAACCACGGCUCCAGCCCUCGAGCAAUUCACCAUCAACUUCACCAUCACCAAUCUCCCCUACAAUUCCGACCUGGCGACUCCUGACUCGGCAAAGUUCAACACUACGCGGAGAGUCAUGGCCACCUUGCUCGACCGCCUUCUGAAGGAAAGCAGCAUUGGCCCCGCUUUCCUUGGAUGUGAAACGACAGCCUUCAGGCCAGUGAGGCAAGGGGACCACACGGGGGUGGACGCCAUCUGCACCUACAGGAAGGAGCUCUCCACCCCACCCUUGGACAGGGUGCGCCUUUACCACGAAGUGAGCAACAAGACCAGAGGCAUCACGCGGCUGGGCCCCUACAGCCUGGACAAGGACAGCCUCUACGUCAACGGUUACAACGAACAGCCAGUCCUGCCCACUCCCAGCCAUCCAUCAACCACGGCUCCAGCCCUCGAGCAAUUCACCAUCAACUUCACCAUCACCAAUCUCCCCUACAAUUCCGACCUGGCGACUCCUGGCUCGGCAAAGUUCAACACUACGCGGAGAGUCAUGGCCACCUUGCUCGACCGCCUUCUGAAGGAAAGCAGCAUUGGCCCCGCUUUCCUUGGAUGUGAAACGACAGCCUUCAGGCCAGUGAGGCAAGGGGACCACACGGGGGUGGACGCCAUCUGCACCUACAGGAAGGAGCUCUCCACCCCACCCUUGGACAGGGUGCGCCUUUACCACGAAGUGAGCAACAAGACCAGAGGCAUCACGCGGCUGGGCCCCUACAGCCUGGACAAGGACAGCCUCUACGUCAACGGUUACAACGAACAGCCAGUCCUGCCCACUCCCAGCCAUCCAUCAACCACGGCUCCAGCCCUCGAGCAAUUCACCAUCAACUUCACCAUCACCAAUCUCCCCUACAAUUCCGACCUGGCGACUCCUGGCUCGGCAAAGUUCAACACUACGCGGAGAGUCAUGGCCACCUUGCUCGACCGCCUUCUGAAGGAAAGCAGCAUUGGCCCCGCUUUCCUUGGAUGUGAAACGACAGCCUUCAGGCCAGUGAGGCAAGGGGACCACACGGGGGUGGACGCCAUCUGCACCUACAGGAAGGAGCUCUCCACCCCACCCUUGGACAGGGUGCGCCUUUACCACGAAGUGAGCAACAAGACCAGAGGCAUCACGCGGCUGGGCCCCUACAGCCUGGACAAGGACAGCCUCUACGUCAACGGUUACAACGAACAGCCAGUCCUGCCCACUCCCAGCCAUCCAUCAACCACGGCUCCAGCCCUCGAGCAAUUCACCAUCAACUUCACCAUCACCAAUCUCCCCUACAAUUCCGACCUGGCGACUCCUGGCUCGGCAAAGUUCAACACUACGCGGAGAGUCAUGGCCACCUUGCUCGACCGCCUUCUGAAGGAAAGCAGCAUUGGCCCCGCUUUCCUUGGAUGUGAAACGACAGCCUUCAGGCCAGUGAGGCAAGGGGACCACACGGGGGUGGACGCCAUCUGCACCUACAGGAAGGAGCUCUCCACCCCACCCUUGGACAGGGUGCGCCUUUACCACGAAGUGAGCAACAAGACCAGAGGCAUCACGCGGCUGGGCCCCUACAGCCUGGACAAGGACAGCCUCUAUGUCAACGGUACAGCUGUAUCUUCCAGAACUGGGAAUUUCACAGUGAAUUUCACCAUAACUAAUCUCCAGUACUCUAACAGUCUCGGAAAUCCAUAUUCUGCCAAAUUUAGUGCUACAGCAAGAGUCUUGACUGCUCUGCUCAAUCAGCUUUUCAACAAGUCUAGUAUUCAUUCUGUGUAUACGGGCUGCAAAAUGAUGGCUUUCAGACCUGCACAAAAAAUUGAAGACACUGGAGUAGAUGCUGUGUGUACCUACACAACAGAUUCUGCUGCUUCCCAGUUUGAUCGAGUGAUUGUUUACCGUGAAGUAAGGAACAAGACAAAUGGCAUCACCAACUUAGGAAUCUACAGCCUGGACCAGGAAAGCCUGUAUAUCAAUGAUUACCAUGAAGCCCAUCUCAUGCCUUCAACAUCUCCAGCUCCUCCUCUUGCAACAGAGGGACAUUUCACAGUGAACUUCACUGUGACCAAUCUCCUCUACACAUCAGCAUUAGGAAAUUCAAAUUCUAAAAAAUUUAUUGCUACAAAAAAAACUCUGGCAUACUUGCUUGAUCAUGUGCUCAAGAAUAGCAGCAGUAGCCCUGCUCACACUGGAUGUACAGUGGUGGUACUAAGGUCUGCAAAGAACAGAGAGGGCACUGCUGUGGAUGCAGUCUGCACAUACAGACCCAGUGCUACCACUGCUGAAUUCGACCGAAUCAAGGUCUAUCAUGAGUUCAGCAAGAUGACAGCCAGCUGCACUGAGCUAGGACCCUACCAGCUGGAUGCAGCAAGUUUUUAUGUUAGCGGUUAUAAUGAACUGCAGCCUGGACUAUCUGUUGAUCAAAGCACACAACCUCCAUCACUAGUAGUGAGGAACUUCACAUUGAAUUUCACUAUAACCAACCUCCAGUUCACUACAGAUCUUGCAAUGCCAAAUUCUAAAAAAUUCAAGUCAAUGGAAAAAGUCAUGUACCAUUAUGUUGACUCUUUACUCCAAAAAAGCAGCAUCGGCCCUACUUAUAUUGGCUGCAAAGUAACCGCUUUCAGGUCAAAGAAGGACAGGGAUGACACAGGAGUAGAUGUCAUCUGCAGCUAUAGAGAUGAGCCUUCAGAUCCCAAGUUCCACAGAGAGAGAGUUUACCAUGAGCUGAGCAAUAUGACAAAUGGUAUCACCAAGCUGGGACACUACAGCCUUAACAGCCAGAGCCUCUACAUUAAUGGUAACGAGACCACCCCAAGUCUGUCAUUGGUGAAGCCAACCACCACACAAAGCCCAGGACCAAUAAUAGAGCAAUUCACACUGAACUUCACCAUAACCAACCUCAGGUUCACAACAGACCUAGGGACACCAAAUUCUGCUAAAUUCAAUUCUACUGAGAAAAUAAUGCAACAUUAUAUUGACUCCCUGCUUCAGAAGAGCAGCAUUGGCCCCUAUUUCACUGGCUGCAAAGUAACAGGAUUCAGGUCAGUGAGGAAUAGAGAUAACACAGGAGUAGACACCAUCUGCAACUAUGGAAAUGGCUCCCAGGUGCCCAAGUUUGACCAAGCUAAGGUUUACCAAGAACUAAGGAACAUGACAAAUGGCAUCACCAAAUUAGGAAUCUAUAACCUGGACAACAAGAGCCUCUAUAUCAAUGGUUACAAUGAACCACUUGAGAGAUCAUCUCUGAGUAUAACUACUGCACCAAGCCCAACAUCCAGGCAUUUCACACUGAAUUUCACCUUGACCAACCUCCAGUACACAGCAGAUCUGAAUGCACCAAGUUCCCCCAAACUCAUUUCCACAGUAAAAGUUAUCAACCAUUAUAUUGACCCUCUUUUCAAAAGCAGCAGCAUAAGGUCUGUGUACACAGGAUGUCAAGUGAUGAGAUUUAGGUCUGGGAGAGACAGGGAUAACACAGGCAUAGAUGCUGUCUGCAGCUACAAAAAUAAUAUCAGCCUUGCCAGGUUUGACAGAGAAAAGGUUUAUCAUGAGCUGAGCACCAUGACAAAUGGUGUCACCAAACUGGGUCACUACAGCCUAGAGAAGAACAGCCUGUACGUCAAUGGUUUCCCCCUCACAGACACAGCUAUCACCAGAAAGCCUUUCCUGACUGAAGCUCCAGCUAAAUUGGGCUACAGAUUGAGCUUUAGAAUAGUCAAUGAAAAUCUAACCAACCCAGACUCUCAGUCUCCAGAAUACAAAGCAGCAGUGGAAAGCAUCAGUAACAAGAUGAAUCAACUAUACCAUCAGAGCAACCUGCGAGACCAGUUCCUGAACUGCAGUAUUACAAGGCUGAGGACUGGAUCCAUAGUGGUCGACUGCAAGUGCUUCUUCCAGCCAGAGCCCAGCAUCAACAGGGCUGUGGUUGAAAGGGCUUUUCAGGAUGGCACUUUCAAUACAACCGGACUAUGGCUGGGGAGCAGUUACCAGCUGCAAGGAUUCUCAGUAGAGAGCUUGGAACUAGCAAUUGAGGCAGCAACUUACAAAACACCCCUCAGGUCUGGGAAAGAAAACUUCCAAGUAAGCUUCAGGAUCUCCAACUUUCCCUACUCCCCAGAACUGCAGGAUUCCAGGUCACAGAUGUACCAAGUGAACAAAGAGAAAAUUGAGAAGAAGCUUGAUGUAUUCAGAACUAGCAGCCUGAAGGACUACUUUGCUGGUUGUACUGUUGAGAGCUUUGGGCCUGUCCAUGGGAAAGCUUACACAAGUGUUGCCUCCAUCUGCAAAUUCACACCGGACCCCUUCUCAGGGACUUUACAAAAGCAAAAGGUGUAUGAGGAGCUGAAACGCCUGACACAUGGGUUCACCAAGCUGGACCCCAGCUAUGAGCUGGAAGAUCAGAGUCUGACUGUUGAAGGUUAUUCUCCACUCAAAACAGAUGAACAGGAGUCUGAAAGAUCUGAGGUUCAGUUCUGGGCAAUUAUCCUCAUCUGCAUUUUCGCCCUGCUUGGCUUCAUUCUCCUCAUCUUGUUAUGCUUCCUGAUCAUCUUCUGCCUAAGAAGAAAGUCAAAUCUAUACCAGGUUCAACAGGGCAUGUACGGAGUGUACUUCCCACAUCUGAACACGAGAAAAGUGCAUUGACAUAAC